AGACCCGCCCCCUCUCGGUUUGGCGGUCCCGUCCGCUCUUCCCUCCUUCGCUCGCUCCCCUGGAGCCCGGGCUCAGCCGCGCGCUCUCGGCCCUGGGCGUUUCCCCGCGGCUCCCCCCCGUGGCGCCUGCGUGAUCCCGCGGUGCCCCACGCGCGGGCUCGCGCUCGGGCUCCCGCCCGGCCUCUGGCCCGCAGCCCCCGGCCCUUUCCGCCGCGGCCCAGGCCGCCGCGCGUGGCGCCAGCACCAUGCUCUUCUACUCCUUCUUCAAAUCCCUCGUGGGCAAGGAUGUGGUCGUGGAGCUCAAGAAUGACCUGAGCAUCUGUGGAACCCUCCACUCUGUGGACCAGUACCUCAAUAUCAAACUCACUGACAUCAGCGUCACAGACCCUGAGAAGUACCCUCACAUGUUGUCGGUCAAGAACUGCUUCAUCAGGGGCUCGGUGGUCCGCUACGUGCAGCUGCCGGCAGACGAGGUGGACACGCAGCUGCUGCAGGACGCCGCCAGGAAGGAAGCCCUUCAGCAGAAGCAGUGACACCCCCCCCACCCUGCCCAGUGCUUCAGUGUUUCGUUCUGUUAGUGAUUUUUUCUGUUUAAUUGAAUGGAUGAAAGGGAACAGGAGCGGCUGUCCUCUGUUGGGAAGGGAGGGAAGGAAAGCUGGGAACCGUGAGACCUCCUGGUCCCCGCCUCUCUCCCUUCCCUGGAGAUAGAUGGGCGAGAGCUUCCUAGACCUAUCCAGGGCAACUUGUGAUACACUGGGGGGAAUGAGGAGAAUCUGUCCCGCAUCGGGAAUAAAAUUUAUGAUGCAAACUGA